AUGCGUGUCUCGACUUUUCUUGCUAUCGUGGCUCUAGCCCUGUCCGCUCACGCUCUUCCGCUCCCCAGUGCUCCAAGUAGUGCUGAUGCAUCUUUGUCCACGACUGUAGACGGCGCCGCCGCACCAUCGUCCGCGAUCGCCUCUUCGAUCGCAGAUACCACAUUCGCUCCCUCAUCUACAAUAAUCGACUCUUCUGCUACCACGCCUACCGACCCUGCUGCAUCCACAGAUGCGACCGAUUCCUCGGCGCCCACCGAUUCUGGCUCAGCCACAGUCACUGCUACAGAUCCAUCCGCGGACGCGUUGGCCACAGACUCUUCCGCAAGUCCCACAGACCCCGGUGUAGACGCUUCUGCCACGAACUCUUCUGCACUCCCCACGGCUACAGACAGCUCGUCUGACCCAGCGUCGACAUCCACCGACACAUCUACUGACACUUCAGCGGCGCCAACAGACACAUCCACUGACAGUGCGGCGGCGCCGACAUCCACGGGCAUCUCGUUUGACGUCCCAGCUGUCCCGUCCGCCUGCCUCGCCCUUCCUUCCGGCGUCGUCACUUCCGCUGCAGCCCCCACCAGCAGUGCCACAUUCUCCAUCACGGACACUGCGUCCGAUGCCUCAGCGACUGCCGUGUCGUCGUCGUUCGACAACUCAACUUCGACGGCGGUCGCUCCGGCAUCGUCGUCUGUGGCCAACGCGACGGCGACGGAUAUUGCCUCUGUCACAUCGUCCGGGGCAGACGCCACGGCGACUGAUAGUGCGUCAGCAUCCUCGUCUGCGGCCGACGCUACGGCAACUGCUAGCGCGUCGGGUUCGUCUUCGUCAUCCAACGCAACUUCCAUCGCCAGCGACGCGUCCGUCGCAACUGAUGUGCCCACAUCGACAGCGGAUUCAAUCGCGUCGGCAACCCCCACCGAUGGGUCAGCGACCGACUCGACUCUCGUAAGACGCAUCGCGCAAGACGACAUUCUUGCCCUCGCUCAGUCAUGGCAAGACCUUUGCCUCGCAAGUGGCGGUGACAUCUACACCAACGAGCCGUGCGUCCAGCUCGCAGGUGUCAACGGCAUCAACGCCCUUCAGGCCGACGCAGACCCGUGCGCCCAGCAGGACAACGCUGACGCCAUGAUAGACUUCGCAAACUCCCCUGGGGUGACGAACUCUGUCGCGCUCAUCGCGAACGCAGUCGCGUACAGGCAGCAUGCGCGCAACGCGGUCAACAUCAACGGCGUCCUUCCUUCAAACCCGUACUGCCAGCGCGCCCCGCGGAACGCUGAGCUCCAGGGCUUGGUGAACGCGCAGCUCCCUGAGGUCGACCCCUUCAUCUUUGGCAGCUCUCAGCUUGGGCUGUUCGCUUUCGGAGCGGAUGGCACUUGUCCGUUCGGCCAGACACCUGAUCCCACGACGUGCAGCUGUGCUUAA